UUGCCUGGACGACGGCGAGGGUGCGCCAUCAAACCUGCCAGGUUCACCAGGCUCAAGCGCAUGUUCAUUCGACGAUGGAUAUAUAAUGGGUCACAUUUUGAAGAACCUCAGUGACACGCGAAAGUAUAAAUUCUCCAACUGCUGCGUAUCUAUAAUCAAGUUUGCCCUUGGAAUGGACUAUUUUAAAUGUUUGCAUACGGUCACGAACACCAAGUUCAUAUCAACAAACAAAUUGCCUGGUGAUGCUAUUUCUAAAAACGAAACAUGCAGAAAUGUAUUGAAAGAACUUAAAAAGGAGAAUGGAUUUCAUGAAGAUAUGGACGACCGCCUCGCACAAUGCAUUCUAAGAUGUAGGACGCCUAUUGUGAAUGGGAGAUCUUCGUUAAAAGAAACACCAGCCCCGGAUGGCACCAGGUGCGGAACGUCAAAGAUCUGCAAACAUGGAAUAUGUGUUGCGCCAUGAGAAGGUGUGAAGAGGAUGCCAUCAAAAUAAAUCACUUACAGUUAAAA